AUGUAUCCAAAGUCCUCAAACUUCUAAUCUAAAAAACCUCUUGCAAUCAAAUGUAUAUAUAAUUAUGCAAUGAACCAAAAUUUCUGGAGAUUAUAUUGCCAUUUACAUUAUGUUACUUGUUAAAAGGAAGAAUAACCAUAUAAAGGAUUUACUUGGAUGAAGUUUAUUCAGGAUUAUUAUAUGGAACCUUUAAGGUCUAUAGAAAAAGGGUCAUGUAUUACUUGCCCUUUGCUAUGUUAGGUUUGUGAAUAAAGUACAACAUAAGAGAUUUAAGUAUGAAAUAGAUAUCAAUUUUAGACUCUAAAUCCUGCAUAUGAAAUAAAUGAUUACAACAGAAAGUAUUUUUAUAAAUGUAUUCAAAAAAGGCAAGAUUAAAAUAUCAUUAUUGAUCCUUAUUAAUAAAUAGCUAAAUAUUGCAUAAAUGAUAUUUGUGACAAUCUUAUUUAAUAUUAAAUAUAUUUAAAAUGA